CCGCGGGCCGAGAGCUACGGGUGCGCCCUGGCCGACGCCACGCGGGCCCUCGAGCCCGACGCCGCCUACGUCAAGGGCUACUACCGGCGCGCCGCCAGCAACAUGGCCCUGGGCAAGUUCAAGGCCGCCCUGCGCGACUACGAAACGGUGAGGGCUGGCCCCGGCCCCCCGGGGUGUCAGUUGUGUUUAGGGAGCGCUGCUGUAGUCCUCUGGGGUGUCACUGCGUGCCUCCAGCCGUCCAUCGAGGACGAGUACAGCGGCCCCAAGCUGGAGGACGGCAAAGUGACACUGGCCUUCAUGAAGGACCUCAUGCAGUGGUACAAGGAGCAGAAGAAGCUGCACCGAAAAUGCGCCUACCAGAUCCUGGUGCAGGUGAAGGAGGUGCUCUGCAAGCUGCCCACGUUGGUGGAAACGACGUUGAAAGAGACAGAGCAGGUGACGGUGUGCGGCGACACCCACGGGCAGUACUAUGACCUGCUCAACAUCUUCGAGCUCAACGGGCUGCCCUCCGAGUCCAACCCUUACAUCUUCAACGGCGACUUUGUGGACCGCGGCUCUUUCUCAGUCGAGGUCAUCCUCACGCUCUUUGGCUUCAAGCUCCUCUACCCUGACCACUUCCACCUGCUGCGAGGCAACCACGAGACGGACAACAUGAACCAGAUCUACGGCUUCGAGGGCGAGGUGAAGGCCAAGUACACGGCACAGAUGUUCGCCCUCUUCAGCGAGGUCUUCGAGUGGCUCCCGCUGGCCCAGUGCAUCAACGGCAAAGUGCUGAUCAUGCACGGGGGCCUCUUCAGCGAGGACGGCGUCACCCUCGAUGACAUCCGCAGCAUCGAGAGGAACCGGCAGCCCCCGGACUCAG